AUAUAAUGCAUAAAAAAACGUUCCAAUUCAAACAUAACUGAUUCUUUAGUAAAUUAUUUAAAUUUCCCUCUUCACCAGUUUUGACAGUGAUAUCCGGAAUUUGAAAUUCUUGCGACCAAUCAAACGAGCGACGCCAUCUUGGGAUCGAAAGCGGGUUUGUGAUUGGCCAAAUCGAAUACAGAUGCGUCAGCUCAUCAAAUUAACCGUUUUUAAAUGAAAGUUGUGGUUCCUAGGCUGUUAUUUAUUUUGUGUUAAUAAAAAGUGAAUUUUUUUAUCGGAGAUCGGGUGUAAAUAUAUUAAAUUUAGUGUAAACAAUAAUUUAAAUAUAAACGGAAUCAUGUCUGGUUCGAGUAACACCGAAGGCGACUUCAGACAUGUAGAAAAUGAAGAUUUUAAUUCCUCUGGUUGUGGAGAGGACAUAUCUUUUGAGUUGUCUGCGGAUAAAUCUUUCGAUGAAAAUAAUAUGGAUACUGACGGCAUGAUCAGCCCUGGACCGUUGAGAAGAUCCAAUUAUUCUAGGUCUGAAACUUUCAGAACUCCCUUGCCUACAAAACUGUCUUUCAGUCCCCCCUAUAAGCGUGUCAGAGCCCUAAGGCUCUUCGACAGCCCGCUGACACCUAAGACCAUUCUUCAAAAAUCUACCAGCGCCACAACACCUUUGCCUAGAAGCAGGCUUUUUGGUGACAAACCGAAAGCUGUGCCUAGUGCUUAUGCUGAAAGAGAAAAACCCUCUGCUAAUGUAAACCCAUUUACACCUGACGGUCAAAUGUUGUCCAAGAAGCGAACCAGAUCAUUGAGAUCCUUGGAUUCUCCCAAAUUUAAACCACCCAAAUUUGAUUUGAAUGAUUCAGACGCAUCAGAUCAGGAAAUUGAACAACCAACUAAACGAGUAGCUUUGCGGGAGAGUAACAUCCCAAGAUACCACAGAGAGUUUCUAGAAUUGAAUUUAAUAGGUAAAGGUCAGUUUGGGUCUGUUUUCAAAUGUGUGAACAGAUUGGACGGCUGUGUAUAUGCAAUCAAAAAAUCUACUAAACCUGUGGCAGGAAGUGCUUUUGAAAAAACAGCACUAAAUGAAGUUUAUGCUCAUGCAGUUCUAGGCAAACAUCAACACGUCGUCAGAUAUUACUCAGCCUGGGCUGAAGACAAUCACAUGAUAAUUCAGAAUGAAUACUGUAAUGGAGGAUCCCUAGCCGACAAAAUUGCCAAAGAGCCUCUAAGUGCCACCGAACUAAGACGAAUGCUUCAACAUGUUGCAGAAGGACUCAGAUACAUACAUUCAGAAGGUUUGGUUCACUUAGACAUCAAACCAGGAAAUAUAUUUAUUUCUAUUGAGAAAAAAGUGAAUUUGACAAACUAUGACUCAGCAGAUGAUGGUUUUGAAGACUUGGAGGAAAAUCAGAUGUACGAGGAAGAAUUGACUUACAAAAUCGGUGAUUUGGGCCAUGUAACAAGUCUUAGUAAUCCACAGGUUGAAGAAGGUGACUGCAGAUAUCUCCCAAAUGAAAUCCUCCAUGAAGACUACAGUCACUUGACCAAAGCAGAUGUUUUCGCUGUUGGAUUAAGUGCUUUGGAGUGCGCUGGUUCAGGUCCUUUGCCAAAAAACGGCCCCAAAUGGCACGAGAUUAGAGAUGGACAAAUACCACCUCUACCUCAGAAAUUAACCAAGGAUUUAUUGGAACUAAUCAAAUCAAUGAUCCAUCCCGAUCCAACAAAAAGGCCUAGCACAAUACAAAUCUUGCAGCACAGGGCCUUGAAUCCAGAAUGUAGCAAGUCCAAGGCUGACCUGACCAGGGAGUUGAAUGCUGAGAAGUUAAGGAAUGAAAUGUUGGUGAAACAGUUAAAAGAAGCUGCAAUAUGCAUAAAGACGAUCCAGAAAAAUAGCAGACUAAUCGGGAAAAAUGUGAAUCGAAGCGCAAGCACGACCACAUUUUAAUCUUUUUUUUUAAGGUAGCAGUUGACAAUUUUGUGAUAAUCAAAGUGAAGAUAGAAUAAAACAUGUUUUCUUAGAUUUAAUAUUAAUCAUUUACUUAUAUUAAUAAUUAUGGCUGUAUGAGAAUUUUUGCAUACGUUUUUUAGUGUUAUUUAGGCAGUUUUAUAUAGAUCUUAUUUUUGAGUUUUGGGUGGUUAGGAGAUAGGUAUAGAUACUACCAGCGUUUCUGCUCAAAAUUUCAAAGUUUUACUUCUUGAAACACAUGGUAGAUAUAUUUUCUAUUUCUUCUUCUGAACCCUGGCUCAACAUGUUUAAGGUCGAUCAAUAAAAAUUCCACCUGUUAAGAAAUAUUACUUUUGAUUUUUUUGGAAUGUAUGUGAUAAAACAUUAUAUUUUUUAAGUUAAAUUACAUUAGUUUUUUAUUAUUUAGUUUUUGUAACGACUUUGCUAAGGUUAUUUGGCUUAACAUUUGUUUUAUACAUUCCCUUUACACUUAUUUUUAAUCAUACAAGUGCCUUUUCUACUUAUACUAUUAAUAUUUUAGAUGUUGUACGUUAACUAUUAUUUUUGUCCAAACCAAAUAUAUUUUAGAUUAAUA